AUGCUUUCUUUAGAACGCCCGAUCAUAUUGCGUGCUGUUAAAGCAAGCAGUGCGGUUGUUGCAGCUUUUUUAGCAUACCAAACCUUUUGUUUAUAUAGACGUAAUAACAUUACGGUACGAAUCACGGAGCUUGUGAGGCUUCCUCCACAAGGACGGAUCGAUGGCAAUCCAAACGGUGCCGAUUUUAUCCACAACAACCCUACCAUCGAGUUGAAGGGUAGUAUCGAAGUGGAGACAUAUUUGAUGCGAAGCUAUCGAUUCCUUCUUAAACUAUCCGCCCAACUAAAUGGCGCCACUUUAGGCUGCGGUACCUACAAUGGGGGCGAUGAAAACGUGUGCAAGCGUUCGAUUCAACGGCGGGUGUUGUCCUUCGCAACGGCAUACAACAACACAAAUAUUAACACAGCUAAUGAUAUGGUCAAUAUGGGUAACUUGUCAAUUAGCAAUAGCCUGAUAUCGCAGUCAUAUAAUAAAGGAAGUGUGUAUUCUUCGUCACGUACCUCUGCAAAGCCAAAAGGCCCUAUGAUUGAGAUAAAGUAUGUCAAUGAGAUGGUAGACCAGAAUGAGGUGUUGGUGAAUGAAAACAUCUGCUUCACACCUGCGUGUUUGUCUGAGGAAAUACUUAUGAAAUACACAAUGACGAUUUCUAGCGCAUACUUGCUGAACAGUCAACCGGCCUUGAGCUCUACGGCAGGUGAUACAACUGAUCCAUUUAAUACCAAAAGUAUGUCGCCACAGAGCUUUAGUAAUCUUCUCAUACAGAAUGCCUUUUUGCGACCUGGUAAUCCUGGAAACUACUGCAUUAGCUUCGAUUUAAUGGUCUUUCAGCCCCUACACGAACUAAGGCUGUUGAUACGGUUACCAAAUCAUCACUGCCGACUCGUCCGUUCGGAUACGGGGGGUAUUGGGCGAGUGACAUUCGCCGAGGGAAAAACGAAGCCGCACCUCCUAAUUUGGGAAAUCGGAGGCGUGGAUGCUCACAUUCACAAUGAUGACAAAAAGGUUUCAAAUGUCGAGAAGGGGUGUGAUGAUGAGACACUCUCACAAGCAGCUCUUUCAGUUGGCGGUGGCGACGAUGUGGUUCAUGGUCUGUCUUCUUUUGCAUUUCUGUCGGUUCACUUUGAACUUGUCUAUAGGCAUCUAGAAGAAAGCGAAUAUUUCUAUUACGAUAACGAGGGGAGGGAGGAUAGUGAUAGCAAUAUUGACUCCGACAAUAUUGAUUUCUUUAGCAGUGAUACAAGCAGCACAAAUGAUGAAGAUGCCAGAGAGACGGAUCUGAUAGAAGGCCAAAUGAACGCGACAGGGGUCUAUUCCGGUAGCAAAUAUGGAUCAGAAAGUAGAAACAGCAGACGACGAGGUUAUCGAAAGAGCUCCUUUGGAAAAAAGCCACAUUCGAACGGUACCCCAAGCCCUACAAACCAUAGUGAUAAGGCGCGCAAACGCAAGGCCCUUGCAUCGAAAAAAAACCUGGAUAUCAGCAUAGGAGUACGAUAUCAACAUCGUCAAGUCUGGGGGUUCCCAAGAAUCACCCGACUCUGGAAGCAACCUACAGCGUAA